AUGCAUCGUUCCUCCUCGCACCGACGGUAUCACGGACGGCAACACGGGCAUCAACACGAAGCUUCACCCCAGGGACGUUACAUCGGAAACUUUCUACGCCAUGACUGGAAAUCGACACUCGCAUUCAUUGCAGGACUAGUCUGCGUCGCAGCAGUGAUUGCGUUCACAACCUGGUUGAGCAAGCAGAUCCUCCACUGCCCAGAAUGGGCAAUCGAAUGCCACGUGGCAGUCAAUGUCGAAGAGAUCCGGAAGAACAUUGCAGUCGUACAGGGUUUGGUGACUGUCAUCUAUAUCAUCGGAUUAGCGGCACUCGCAUACGCUGCCCAUGGAAUGUCUGAAGUGGCGCUUUGGCCGCUGUUAAAUAUACGGUCCCUCACAAUCGGCCAAGUGGAUAACUAUCUCGAAGCCAGUCGAGGCUCCAUACUAUCUUCAUUGUGGGCCCUCACAGCUGCACGCAGUUUGCACUCUGUAUUCGUCGUCUUUUGCACCAUCGGAAUAAAUUUGCUACCCCUUGGUGCUGCCCCGCUCACCGGUUUUGUAUAUGACCAACGUAACAUCACCACGGCAUUUAAAAGCCAAGCCAGACCAGGAGGAGGUAUCGGACCACCGUUCAGUCAAAAUAAUCCCCCAACGUCUCCUAAUUCAGGGGCGACGGCCUUUUACAGCUCGUGGUCGACGGGUAUCACUGAGGAGCCAAUGCAGGGAUAUCAAGAUUGGUUCAUUGAUCGUUCAGCUUUUGAGAAGAGAGGCAAUAUGACUGUUGUAGCUGUCAAACUGAAGCAAUCCAUAUCAUGUGGUGCUUCAAAUCCGGGACCAUACAAAUGGAAGGACAAGUUCCUUUGUUUCAACACCAACAUGAAAAUAGGUCCGGGUAACCCCAAUGAGACGAGGAGGGAUGGGAGUGACGAGGAGGUUUUGAUAAGGCCAGGGCAAAGGCUUACAGUGUGGGCUCACGAGUACAAUUUUCAUCCGCCGGCCAAAACAUCGGCCACAUUGUUCUUUGGUGCGAUGAAUGAGUCUAUCGAAGGCGGAGAGGUCACUACGAUUUCCGAAAGUCCCGCAAGGAAAAUUUCCAAUAUUUCCACAAUAUCCUGCAGCAUCAGCGUCGAAAUCGUGGAAGACACUCUUGCUGUCGGAUCAGCUCCGCAAGAUCUACCAAUCCCACAGAUCAACUUCCUUGGCCGUCUUCGCAACCCUGGUGGGGUCAACAAUAGGGACAACAAUGAUGAGCUUGUAGGAAGCCAGAACCUUACCUCUCUUGCACUCUGGUUUGUCAUGGCCCCUAUAGUCGUCGGACAAAGCAGCCGGGGUGCACAACCCCUCUAUGGAUACAAUGAACCAAAGCUCCCUUUGAUAGUGACCGCGGGCAUGAUAGAUGCAAACAACACCAAACGGACGAUCCAUAGCAUCAAGAAGUUCAUUCGCGGGGCCAUAGGCGCCCUUGCUCAGGCCGCGAGGGGUGGUCCGGAUGAUGGCGAUCCUGUAUUCAUGACCUCCUUUGCCUUUACCCGGAGAUUGGAUCCUCAACGGGUAGCUCUGCUUGCUAUCCCGCCGGUUCUCAUCGUCAUACUUGGACUGCUGCUGAUGAUCUGGAACCAAAAGCGUUAUGUGAAGCUCCGUCUUCCUAUCAUGCGCAAAGCUCCGCUCAGUGAGAUCCUCAAGAGCGCACUUACGGACGAUAUGUACUAUGCAGUCCAAUCUGAGAAAAGUGGGACCCAUAAGCCAUCUCGACUGGAUAAAAUGAUGAUUAAGUAUGAGGAAGCGCCUAAGUCAGGAGAAUGGAGUCUGUUGAAGGUAGGGAAGAACACCAAGGAAGAGGAUAGCCUAGUGUCGGAUCGGUCAUGA